GAAGUGCAAACUUGGCUUGUUGAUCUUGUCUUGCAGCAGUUUGCCAGUAACCUGGGGUGCGCUGUUGCAAAUGUGCAAACGGUUCGAGCCCUUGCUCCCUCGGUCGUGGCGACUCGGGUUGCGCUUGGGAAAGUGGGGUUUAAAAAAAGCCAACGUUUCGAAAGGGUUAAUGGGAGAGAAACGGGGGCCGCUGUAGUGAGCCGGCCCGCCCGCCGCUGCGCGCUGUGAGCUGUCCAUGGUGCUGAAGGACAGCUCCCCUUUCAGGAAUCUCGCCAGUUGCUGGGGGUUAACUCACGGGGACAAACGCCCUCAUUUAUGCACAGCAAACUGCUCCAGACCAUUAAGAGGCGACAGGUUUCGGAUCUGGUGAGAAAUGGUCUGCCUGUAGGAGAGAUGGAAGCCAAAAAUCCCCUGAAAACGCAGAGCAUCAGCCUAGGGGGCAUAUCGAAGAAGCAGCCCGGGACGGGGGCGAGGGCAGUCGGCCAGCCUUCAGAGAGCAUCCGGGACCCAGGGAAGGCAGCAGUGGAAGUCAGGAACCCGCCGGCUCAGCACAGGGACGGGGAAGCGGAAAGCACCUACAAGAUCCAGAAGGCGGUGAGCUUCAAGACCGAGGGGAACCAGUGUUACAGAGAGAAGAAAUUCCGGGAGGCGAUCGGGAAGUAUCACCGGGCUCUGCUGCAACUCAAAGGGAUCCGGAUCAGCGAGGCUGCGGCUGCAGAAGUGAAUGCAUUGAGCAAAACACACAUCAGACUCACCGAAGAACAGAAACGACUGAUCGAAAGCACCGAGAUCGAUUGUUACGAUAGUUUGGCUGCAUGUCUUCUCCAGUCUGAGCUGGUAAACUAUGAACGUGUGAAGGAAUACUGCUUAAAAAUUCUUGGGAAGCACAAGGACAAUUUCAAAGCCAUGUACAGAGCAGGAAUUGCCUUUUAUCACCUCGGAGACUGCGAGAGCGCCCUGCAGUAUCUGAAAGAAGCAAAAGAUCGGGAACCCACAGAUACCAAUGUCUUCAGAUACAUCCAACUGACGGAGAUCAAGAUGAAUCGAUCCAAUCAGAGGGAGCAAGAGGGCACCAAGGAGGAAAAUGGGCCAAAUCGCCAAAAGAUGUCAAAGGUCAAAUGGACAAUAAAAGGCGAAUGACAACCAUCGACUCAUGGUCUUCAUCACUGGAACUUUCUGUUAAGAAAAUGGGAAGGCAACCAAGAUUUGAUUGUAGAUUUGAAGGUUUAUAUUUAGAGUGUGAAAUUAUAGAGUGUUAUACUUUUAAUAAAGCAUCCGAAAGUGAUCAAAA